CUUGUUCUCGGAAAAUCUCGUAAGCCAAGGUGUUUUUCGAAGGUGAAGGACAUUAAUCAAUUGCCCGUGACUUACAGGAGUAAUGAAAAGGCUUGGAUGACAUCUUAUCUCUUUGAGGAAUGGAUGGACAAUUUAAACAAGAAAAUGAAAAGUGCAAAACGACAC